AUGCCACACAACGAUUCUCUUGUAGUCGACCUACUCUUCGACGAUAUCGAAAUUAGUCGAAUCUUGAUAAACAUUGGCAGUUUAGUUAACGUCCUUUUCCAAGACACAAUCGAGCAGAAGAAUUUUCCUAAGGAAAAAAUCAAGGCUGACAUCAAACCGUUAACAGGAUUCACGGGCGAGCAAACCAUGAAAGUCGGUAUAGUCAAAAUACUGAUCUAUGUUCCAGGUGUAGCAAAAACUGUCAAGUUCCUCUUCAUGAAGAAAGCAGCGAUGUACAACACCAUCCUUGGAACUCCAUGGCUCCAUGCAAUGAAGGCAGUAGCUUCUACCUAUCACCAGUGCAUCAAAUUUUCGGCUCCAGGAGGCAUUUAUACGCAUCGUGGAAAUCAAGCCAUAGCUCGAUCAUGUUACAUUAACGAAUGCAAGCUCCAAACUGCUACUCAAUUCUGCUUCAUCAGCUUGAAGCCCGACCUAAUAACUCUGAAGCGGAAACCACCACAAGAAACAAUAGUUCAGGUCAGCAUCGACGAGACCUUCCCAGAAAGGCAGGUCGGUAUAGGUGCCGACCUGGAUCCAGAAAUCAGGGAAGAUAUUAUUCAGUUUCUCCGCAAGCACGUAACGACUUUUGCCUGGUCAAUCAGCGAUAUGUCGGGCAUAGAUCCAGGGGUGGCACGCCACAAGCUCAAUAUCAAUCCAACAUACAAACCUAUCAAGCAAAAGCGACGCAAACUCAGACCUGAAAAAGCACAAGCUGUUAGUAAGGAAGUCGAGCGAUUACUUCAAGCAAGAUCUAUCACUGAAGUUUGGUACCCAGAUUGGCUCGCUAAUCUGGUCGUAGUCAAAUAG